CAGCAUGCCCGAGUUUUGUGUCACGUUGGACGCGAACGUGCGUCUUACCCUAGACAGAGGGCGGGGGCUGACAAAAUCAUCAUGGACUGACUUCUAGGCAUCCAUCCGCCUGCCUGCCCCUCCAUCACAGGCAGUGCACCACUGCUUCUGCGUCAUCGUGCUCCACCACAGCAACCUGUCGCUGGAGCUACCACCACCACCACCACCACCUUGACCGCGGCAGACGCGAGCUCCUGGCACGUCUUCUGUUGCAUAUCCCUUCACUCUGGUUAAUUUACUACGCCAGACCGAUAACUCGACGCCAUUCCCCCGACAAUGUCGUGCCCUCACCUGGAGUCUGCCGGUACGUUUGCUCUCUGACCCGUGGCACGCGCCCUCGGGCGGGUGCGGAGGCUGACGGGGAGACGUUGCAGGUCUCGCACCGCCGACUCCGGCUCAAUCCGUGUACCGGGAGGACUGCACGCAAUGCUUCGACUCCAUUGACGACCCGAACGGGCUGGAUGUCUGCCUCCAGUGCUUCAACGGCGGCUGUUCGGGCGACCGCCUGCACGCGCGGCUUCACAAGACCCUCUGGGGUCAUCCGCUAGCCCUCAACAUUCGCAGGACCCGAAAGACAGUGGUGCGAGACGAGCCGCCUCCGAAGAUGUCCAAGCUCGCCAUCGCCGCCGAGACCGAGGCAGACCGCUACGACACGGCCCUUGCCGCCAAGUGCCUCGAGUGCAACACUGAGCUCGACAUUGCCAGCCCCAAGCUGGCGCCCAUAGUCGACGGAAUUAUGAAGGCCAACACCUUUUCGCGCAAGGAAGAGGUCAAGGCUUGGGAGCAGGAGCUCACGAGCUGCGAGCAUAUUCUCCUACUACAGCAGCACGAGCCGCGCCGCAUAGAGCAGGGAGACUUGGGCCACUGCUCCAAGUGCGACCUCAAGGAGAACCUCUGGCUGUGUCUGGAAUGCGGUAACCUGGGCUGUGGACGGAAACAAAUGGGAGGCGUCGAUGGCAACUCACACGCGCUGAGCCACUCGGACGAGUCCGGCCACGGCGUCGCCGUCAAGCUCGGGUCCAUCACCCCCGAGGGCACCGCCGACAUCUACUGCUACAAGUGCGACGAGGAGCGCGUCGACGAUAACCUCGGCCUGCAUCUCGCGCACUGGGGGAUCAUGCUUGCGGAGCGCCAAAAGACGGAAAUGAGCCUGACGGAAAUGCAGAUCGAGCAGAAUCUCAAGUGGGACUUUAGUAUGACGACCGAAGACGGCAAGGACUUGAAGCCUCUCUGCGGACCAGGCCUCACCGGUCUGAAGAAUCUCGGCAACAGCUGCUACCUGGCCAGCAUGGUCCAGUGUCUCUUCGACAUGCCGUCUUUCCGCGAGCGAUACUACCGGCCCGCCGACCAACUUCCGGUGGUGCAGGAGCCGGCCGCUGACCUGGAGACGCAGCUUCGCAAAAUGGCUGACGGACUUUGCUCUGGGCGCUACGCGAAACCGGAUGACUCGGUGAUUGCUGAGUCGGAAGUCCGGUACCAAAAGGGCCUGACGCCCGCUAUGCUCAAGCAUCUCAUCGGGCGCGGCCACGACGAGUUUUCCACCAUGAGACAACAGGAUGCGCUAGAGUUUUUGCAGCACUUAUUCAAGCUGAUAACAAGGUCGAAGCAUGACGAAGGCCUCGGCGACCCUACUACGCCGUUCCGCUUUGUUUUGGAGCAGAGGCUGCAGUGUCUGGGCUGCCGCAAGGUCAAGUAUAGCACGACCGAGCAGGACAACGUUUUCAUCGACGUGCCGUUGGAAAAGCUGCCCAAGGCAGAGGGAGCCGAGGACCUUGGUGAUAAGUACAAGGCUGUGACACUCAAGGAGUGCCUCGACACCUUCACCGGUGCGGAAAAGGUCGAGCUGACGUGCUCCGCGUGUGGCAACAAGGAUGGCUUUACGAAGCAGUCCCUCUUUAAGACCUUUCCAGAAGUGCUCGUUCUCAACGCGAGGAAGAUGACGGUGGUGAACUGGGUGCCGAUCAAGGUGGACGUGCCAGUCAUUGUCCCUGAUGAGCCGUUCCUGCUGGACAGCUAUCAGUCCAAGGGACUGCAGCCUUCCGAAGAGCUACUUCCCGAUGAACCCGAGGCCCAAGCCCCAGCAUUCGUGCCAGAACCGACGGCACUGGCACAGCUUGAGGGGAUGGGCUUCCCGCGGAACCGGUGCGAGAAGGCUCUGCACGCCACGGGCAACUCGGACGCCAACGCUGCCAUGGAAUGGCUCUUUGGCCACAUGGAGGACCCGGACAUCGAUGCGCCUCUCGACCUCGGACAAGGCGGUGGCCCCGCGGCUGGUGUGGCGGACCCGGAGAAGAUUGAGAUGCUGGGGGCCAUGGGCUUUGGCGCGCCACAGGCGAAGAAGGCGCUCAAGGAAACGGGCGGCGACGUUGAGCGUGCCGUCGAGUGGCUGUUUAGCCACCCCGACGACCAGGGCCUGUUCGAGGACGACAACGACGCGGCGCCGAGCACCGAGCCUGCUGGGGCCGCCGCCUCCAAGGAGCUAGCCGGGAGCGCGAAGCUGCCGGCCAGGUUCCAGCUGCAGUCGAUUUCCUGCCACAAGGGAACCAGCAUCCACGCAGGCCACUACGUGGCCUUUGUCCGCAAGCAGCUCAACGGCAACGGCGAGGGCGAGGGCGAGGGCGAGAAGUGGGUGCUGUUCAACGACGAAAAGGUGGUGGAGGCGCACGACGUGGACGAGAUGCGCAAGUUUGCGUACGUCUACUUCUUCAAGCGGACCUAGGACUAGCAGCGAGGCUCUUUAUCCCAUCAUGGACAACGAAGCACGGCACGGUUCGUUCGUUCAAACCGGCGUUGAGAGAGGCAUUUGAGGUGAUGCAUGGCGGUGUGAGGGGUGCAGAGACGGUGUUGUUGGGCGAUAGAUGAUAGAACAUGAACGAGGGCGUGUGGGGUUGUUUUGUCACAGUUGGCCGACGCAGAGACCGACGGUCAGACAUGGAGUAUCAAGGUAGGCAACGGAACCAAUCCAAGUCAGUCAGUAU